CUCGCGCCGCCACUGCCGCCAGUCGGUGGCGGGCGCUCGCAGCGUACGUUUCAUCAGCUGUGUUCGGACUUGGUGUUCGUUCUCCUCCUUUUUUUCUCCUUCCACCCCUCGUCACCCCCCCUCUCCCUUUCUCUCUCGCUCGCUUUGUGUUACGUCGUAUGCGCGUAUCGCGAAUACGACAGUGAUCCUACGGUUUGACGCGACCGCGUCGGCACGUGCCGGCGUCGGAGGAUCGCACGGCCGUGGGAAUCGGUGGGACGAGAUUCGAAUGUCGGAGCGCACGGUGCAGCUCCUCACGGUGCGUUUGUUUUGACAUGUGUGUGGGCUGCCAUAUUGGAUUACCGCAUCGCUGCCGCUGCUGCUGUCGUCGUCGUCGUCGCCGUCAUCAUCGCCAGUACCAUCAACGCGGGGCACCCGGGCACGAGACGCGACUUUCGCGCUAAAAAAAAGAACGAUCUAUUUGUGGAUCAGGCAUGGAACCUAUCACAACGAUUGCGCGGCACAGUUAAGGUCGGGCGGUUGAUGCCUGAUGGCGCGGGCUGGGACACAACGCUGGAGAAAUCCUGCUCCAGAAGGUGACGAUGUGCAACGAUCGAUCGAGCUGUUGGACAAGGUGCUCUCAGAAUACGACGAGCACGACGCGGAGGGCGAAGGUGGCGGCGGUGGUGGCGGCGGUGGAGGAGGCGGAGGAGGCGGCGGCGGUGGAGGCUGCGUCGGGAACGGAAGCGGCGGGGGUGUCGGGGAUUGCGGCAGCAGCACGGAACCGAGUAUUGGCCUCACGCCCGACGACGAGAGCCCGUCCUUAGGACACCAAUCCGAGGACGACGGUUACAUGAGUAUGAAUGGUCGGAAGGCGAAGAUGGCCCUGGUAGCAUUACGUCCGGUUCCGGACUGUCCGGAGCCUCAGGAUCCCGCGGGAGUCUCGACGCAGGAAUUUCCGCCACCCCCGGAAGAGGCCGAGCGCAUCAUCUCAACUCUUCUACCAAUGGUUUCGCCAGGAAACUCGUCGAAGAGGAGCGUCGUGGGCCAGGCCGCGGAACGACGGAACAACAACGCCGGCGGCCGGCAGCAGCAGUGGAUGGUGUCCAUGGAGGAUAGCAUGCGUCACGGGAACGCGGUUACCACGCAGACUACUCUCCCGAAAACCCGCCACCAGCGACCGUACGGUUGGGAGAACGGGACCGUGGAGUCGUUGCGGUUGGCCCAGCCGCCCAGUCCGCCCAGCAAGUUCGCCAGCCUGCCGUACGACGGCAAGGUGUCCUUCAACUGGAUCCCGCCGCGUACGAAUCCGAGCGCGGCGGAGAAGCACCGGGAGGUGCGUCGCCGUUCCUCGGAGGAGUGCCUGGAGGAUGGCGGGGGCAGCCCCGACCGCGGCAGCCACCACGCGAGGAAGCAUCAGCAGCGCCAGCAGAACGAGAUCACGAAGUCGAGCAGCGUGGAGGACCGUCUGUUGAUGAACAGGUCGGACAAGGAGUCGACGCGACGCAGUCGCAACGACUCGGACUCGAGCGAGGGCCGGUUCUCGCGGAACUCCGAGUCCGAGAGCCGGUCCUCGAUACCGCGCUCCAGCUCGGUCAGUGUCGAGCGGUUCUCCAUGCGCGCCAACUGCGACUCGUCGGACUUCUCGCGCGCCAACUCCACGUCGAACGAGCGCUUCCACUCGGACUUCUCGAUCGCGGUCGCGAGCGCGAGCUCGAACGAUCACGUCUCCGUGCCGACCUCCGAGCCGUUUUCCAUACGCAACCUCGACUUCGUUUCGUUCGCGUUGCCGCGCGCGGACUCGAGCGAACGCUUCUCCGCGCCCACGUCCGACCGCUGUUCCGAGGAGCGCUACUCCGACCUCUUCUCCACGCGUAACUCCGACUUCUCCGCGCGAAAUUCGGCCGACUUUAGGACGCAGUCCGAGGAGGAGCGCUUUUCCGACGACUCCCUGGAGGAGCUAUUGCCGCCACCGCCGCCCAUCAGCAAGAGACACUCUAUCGCAUGGGAGGUCUCUCUGGAGGACGAUCCUUUAUACGCACCCGGCAGCACCAAGGUUGUCGGGAGAAGACGACGAAAGAGCAGCGAUGUGUCAAGUGUAGGUUCCGCGUCGAAGUUGCGCGACUUCGACGACUGGCAGGAUCAGCGAUUGUCGACGACCGAUGACGAUCUGAUCUCGCCGUAUUCGGACUCGUCUACGAACGAGCUAGAUCAGAUACGGCCGCAGGAGCUCACGAAAAAUGGCACCUACGUCAUACGACGUGGCCGCAAGAAGGAGCGCAAGGUUCUUCCGAAGACGCCGACCAAGACCAAGAGCCUGUCGUUCGAAAACGGCGAAGAUGGCGGCCGAUUAUCGGAUGUGAAGCGAUACUCGAGCACUUUCGACAACAUCAAGAGCCUGCUGAAGGAAGGCAAGCUGGAGGGUCUGAACGAGCCGCCAGCGGAAUUUGCGCUUCCGGUGCCGCCGGACCUCAUCCGGGUCGUGUCGAUGCCGGCGAUUAACAACGACGCCAGUAAUCGGGCUCAGCUGGAGAUCACCGUAGAAGAGGAGGAGACGUUCGACGUUUUGGACAAGGACAAGGAACGCGACAACAUCGAACUACCUCGGCUACCACCAUCGCCGGUCGAGGACGAUCAAGUAGGUCCUCGUUCGGAUCGAUCGAGAGACUGCAACGGCGUCCCAACGGCGCCCAACUUGGCGGAUCUCGAUAUCGCCAGGUCGUCCACGAACAACGCGCUCGCCGAGCCGAGGAAAAAACUCACGAGCGCGGUAAGCGACGAGCGACUGGCCUCCAAGAUCCCGGUGAACUUGUUGAUUGAGGAUCAGAUCGUAAAGAAGGCGCUCAAGGAGAAUCGCCGUCAACUGGAAAAGGUGAGCGACGCGAUCAAAGAGAUCGAGAGCGUGAAGAACAGUGAAUCCUAUUGCGAGAGCAAACGUUGGCGAAAUGGCGACCUGAAGCAGAACUCGAAGCGAAGCAGCUUCGAUAACGAAUUUCCGUCGAUUCACGACGGCCGGAAACCGGUGACGAUCGAGGGCAGCCCCUAUGAUGGUAGGACGCGCGGCAGGCAGCAGCAACAUCAGCAACAGCAGUACAGCUCCGACUCCGAAACGUCGAAGGCCAGCUCGGACGUGGACUUCGCGGAUCGGAGAAAAUUGAACGGCGCCACGGACGUCGUCUACUCGUCCGGCAGGCGGUUGCACCAGAACGGUAUCGAGAAUCACAAGAACGAUCAGAAACAGAUCGAGAACGUGAUCGACGCUAUUCUGGAGGACUCGAAGAAUCCGGAAUUUCAGGUGAGCGUUGACGUGAUGGAGUUUCCGCCAUUGCCGCCCUCGCCCGUCGAGGAAGCCGACGAGGAAAGCUGCUCGGACGUCGGCCAAAGCGCCAUGAUGACGCCACCAAAGUCCAAAAGUCACAGCAGCCGGCCCGUGGAGUACAGGCCGAGGGUGCCACCGCAUCGUGUUCCGCCAGUUAUCGACCCGAAGGAGCAGGCUUCCUUGAAUACCAGGUCCAUGGAUGCCGGCUUUACCAGGGGGAGACGUACACCGACCACCAAUAAUUCCAGGCGAGAGGUGCCCGUGGAACGGAGAACUCUGCCCACCGAUUUACCAGGACCAUCUCGUCGACGGCCGUUCACGAAAAGACACUCGCCAUCGGCGGAGCCGUGUUCCUCCGGGGGUAGCAGCGGCGGUGGUGGUACAGGCGGCAGCGUCGUUACCGGCACCGGUUCCGGUAUGCAGACAUCGUGUUCCCUGCCGGAGACCCCGGUGUUCGCCAGGGGCAGCGACAUCCCCAGAACGCCGCAACACGCUGGCAAUCCCACGCAGUCGAGGCGACAACCCGGCUGGUACGCACCAACCACAGCUACCGGCUAUCGACGGAACAAUCCCGGUCUGGAACAGGCCAUAAUCGGCACUGAGCUUCUCCGGCUGGCGGGCGGCCCGAACCGUGGAUGGUAUCCCACCAGGAAGACAAACCAGCCGCGGCCGGCGUCGAUCGAGCACCUCGAGCGGCUGAAUAAUGCUUAUGACGCGCGGUUACCGGGCACCGGAGACCAGAGGAAGCCGCUGACUCUGCCCACGAACAUCACGCCCAACAAAUACUUCGGCCAAAGUAAGCACAGCUCCGCCUCCAGCACUCGUGAGGCGCUACGGAGGGUCACUAGCUUGCUCAUCAAGAAAGGUAAGCGCCGGGGAUUCGCGCUGUUAAAAAGAGAAACACCACGCCUGAGCCAUUCGGCGCGUGGCGUAGUCAGGAAAACACGACGUCGUCGGCAACUGUGAAAUAUCACGGAUCCCAUUUGCGCUCAAGAUGAAUUUCACGGUUCCGUUUCCGUUUUUUUUUUUCUUUUUUCUCGGCAGUGCUAUUAUGAAUUUGUGCGAUCAAACAAGCUUUCAGAGAUGCGCAAAUGGACAUGAAAGAUCUUUGACAUAAAGUUUUGUAAAUUUUAAAACGUUAGCAGUACUCGUAAUAGUAUUGCUGGUGGACCGUAGAAUGUUACUUGGAACACAAAUGUGGACGUGGUUUUUAGGUUGCCAUGUAAAGAGAUACUGUAAGCGAUAAGUGACAAUUUUUGUUGAACUAUUGUAUAAUAGAUUGUGUAUUUUUGAUGUCAUCACGAAACAAUUUAUUUCAAUCUUAAAGAUACAUGCAUUAAAUUAAAUUAAUUUUUUUUAUAAAUAUUGUGUUGCUUCUCUGUACAUUAUUAUAAAACAAAUUCUUAUUAAAUCAGUACGUAUUUGAUUUUCUUGUGAAAUAAUUAAAAAUUUUAUAAUAAGGAAAAUUUUUAAAUGAUGUAAAAUUUUGUUAUUAAAAUAUUAAAAGAAAAAUUUAUCUAUCUGUUAUAUUUUAUCGAUUUCUUAAUAGUAAGAGCAAAUGUAGUAUAUAUGUAGUGAUUGUACUUAUAUAAUUAUUUAAUAACUUGUUUCAUGCAUGUUUAAUUUAAAAAAAUUUAUAUAUGUAUAUCUUUGAUUAACCAAUAUUUUCAAUUGCAAUUGUCAUAAUUGCGCUAACAAAUCGCUUACGUCGUGUUUUCUAAAGAUUUCGCUAUUUGAAAGCCCGUAAUCUUUGAUAAGUAACCUGCGAAAGAGUUUUCUAACUUGUAUCGUGUGUGACCUUUCGUGGCAUUUGAGUGCCACUGACUAUCUAAUUCUUUAAUCUUAUGUCUCUUUAAUAUCUUGGAAUGCUUGCUUCUAAGUAACUUACUGCUAUAAUCAUUCAGAAGUUUAUGUCUAUGCAUAUGUUAAUUAUUCAAUGUGCGAUCAGUGUCCCAAUAUUCCUUCUACACUAGCAUCAAUGAUAAACUUAUAGAAUUUGGCAUCAAAAUAUAUAUUAACACAUUUUUUCAUACGUAAUGUUGAUUGAAAUAUACUUGCAAUGAUCGAGCCUUAAACAAGUAAAAAUUUUUUUAUUAAUUCAUGCGUGUAAUUUUUUUUGUGUCACUUUUUUCAAAUAUAUAUAUCUAACUUUUUUGUAUCUCUUUUGUACACGUUCUGACGUCUAUUGCAUGUAGCAUUUUUGCAAUAUCUUUAAUCUUUUCCGUGGAAUAAUCUUUACUUUAAUUAUUACACUUUAUUAGGAACGUUAAUGUAUCAAUCAAUGCCUUUAGGUAAUUUAGAAAUAAGCUGCAUGUUUAACAUGUAGUUGACACAUUGUGAUACAAGAUACAAGAAUAUUGUGAUUAGAACCUUAAAUUUUUUAUUCACGAAUGUUAAAUAUAUGCAUAAUCCAAUAACGCAAAUUGCAUCUUUAGAAUACAGUAGUUUUUAGAUAUUAUUUCAUACACAAAAUAUAACUUUAACUUAAAAUCCGGAGAAAGAUUAUUACCGACUGUUGAAUUAUAUCAAUCGUCGAUAACUUUGUCCAAUUAUACAUUUUUAUACUUAAAUAUUUUAUGACAAUAUAAAACACACAUUUUCUGCAAAUUAUAAUUAUAAUUUAUAUAAGAAAUAUUCAAUAAGUCUAUUUGUCUUUACGUUUUUUGCAAUUAAAAUCUUUUCUCUCUUAUAGUUAUUUAAUUUCUUUGAAGUAACAAGAUGGGGGGAGAGGGAUUUCAACUAAUAUGAACAGAUUUAAUAUCUUCAUUUCUCAUCGCAAUAUCGUAUAGAAAUUAAAUACAUUUGAUUUCUAGAGAACCUAGGGAAUAUUUCUUGGCAAAUGGCAUUGCUGUACGUUUUCCUCUCCGCAACGAUCGUGCGACUUUUGCCGCACCACGUGUUUCGCGGAGCUCUGUAACGUGGCGCUAUCUGACAGCAUCUCCGCGAGUGAUUUUCCAGUUGAAUGUAACCGACCUUGAAAGCUCGUCCGCGCGGUUAGAGAGGGCGGCAGGAGGGAGGGAGAGCGACAAGGCCUCGGCCAUGUUACACGUUGCGAGUCGUCCCGCGCUCCUCUACCCCGAUCAGUAACGUAACUGAUGAAACUAGCACCCUUCUUUUCAUUUCCUCUUUAUCUGAAGAGGUCUUUAUCGAAUUAAAAGCUUCAGUUGAAAUUAGUAAGUUCAACGUAAUUUUUUUACCGAUACUAAAUUACAUGCAUACAUAAAAUAUUUUAUACACAAAUAUAAAUACUUUCAUAUUUUUUAUUCACAUUUUUAUGAUGCACAUCGACAGUGCUUCUCUCGAUUAUAUUUUGUAAGUUUCUGAUGUUUUUUGCUUUUUUCCUCGUAGCUGAACGUUCCUUUUUCUGAUGAGCAUCGAGGAUAAAAUCUGCAUCAUCGAUUAUCUUCUACAACACUUCAUCGCAAUGCACACGAAUAUGCAUCUUACAGCACAGUUUAUUAUAGUUUCUCCUCGUUGUAGUUAAGAAAAAUAAAUGCUAGAAAUUUGCAAGGGAAACUCAGGGGUUCCGUGGCUACCUGCGCCCAAUGAGCGACGUCGUGUUCAAGCGGAUAGACAAACGGGUACGAGGAGAGAUGGCGGGGGAGGCGCGCAGAGGGUACGCCACAUUGUGCGUGGGACAUCCCCGCGCGCGCAAGCCAGUGAGCGAGCGAGCGGGUCCGCCGCUCCGGAGGUGUCUCCUUCACACCCGAGGGUUCCCGUUAUUGAUUCGUCCGACGGGAGGUUCAUCCGCGAAUGUUUCCGCGUCCGCCGAUUCGGCCGCCUGCGCGCGGCUCGUCUAUACACCUCGUCAAAUUUUCAGACUCGUCGCAAAGCGCGGACUUCGGACCUAGAGAAAAGCACUACACGGAAUUAAAAGUGGGAGGGCAGAAAAGGAGAAAAGAAGGGAGAUGGAGAGAAUGAGAGAAAAGAGUCCGGUUCGAUAGAUGCAGUCACUUGAGAAUCUCUAAGAACCGGAUGUUCUGCGGAGCAUCAGUCCUAACUCUGGGAUAAUUUUGCUUCUGUUAUUAUUAUUUUUUUUUAUGGAACUAGCAAAGGCGUAUCUACGUUGACUAAGAUGUAUCCGCGAAAUUAAGAUAUUGACGCUUUUCAAGUUACGAACGAUUAAGAGGAAAGAAGAGAUACGCGCCGAAGAAAUGCACCGAGGCAAAGAAAGUUCUUUAUCUCUUCGUUCAUUUACGCUAGUAAUGCACUUACGAUGGAACUUGUAGAUUCAUUUUUUUACUUGCAUCUUACUCGUCGUCGAGUAGACGGCGACGACUUCUUUUCCUCGCGGCGGCGUAUCGACACCGCGCUCUAAAAAUAACCGUUAGCGAUAACACGCGACAUUUAAUGCAUUCGCGACAUUAUGUGCGCUCCUUUUUGACAAGAGUCGUUGCUCCCGUGCUGUCGUUUCGAUGAAAUUAUUCACUGUGCUCUCAACUACUUCUCGUUACUCAAUAAAUAUCUCUGACGACUUAAAUAUUAAUUUAUUCGUUAGCUAUUUCUUUAUUCAAGUAGGUUUUAUGUGAAAUCGAAAUAAAAAAAGGUAACUUUCUUCGCUUAACAUCCUUCUUCCACGCGCGCAAGUAUUGCAAAGGGACACAAGUUGCACUUGUAUUUCAGCGUCAUGAAAGUUGUUAAAUCGACACGCGAUUAUUAGCUUUGCGAGAAAGAAAAUUAACUUUCUUGAUUUUUCGCAAGAGCUUCAAAACAUCGAAAAACUUUCCGGACACGUUCGAGAGAGGAUUAAGAAGAAAUUCACUUCCGAGUUUAUUUAUUGUCGUCGGUAUAUAUUGAUUCUCUUACGCGGAUUUUCCCGGUACGGUUGCAUGUUUUGGCCUUAUUGAUUCGCUGCGCGAGUAUAAUUCCAACGAGAAUGACCGUACCGAUAAGUAUUUAACGUACGUGUGCGUGCGUCGAAAGCGCACUCGAUUCGCACGUUCGGUCGUCUGGUCCGAUUCUCCACCGAUGAAUGAUAUCACGCGGAUUCCCAGUCAAGGACGUGGAAGUCCAAUUUAAGGCGGAUGACACACGGGCGAGCUAAAUAUCGCGAAGACUGGCCUUGCAAAUUCGAAAAAGAGCACUCGCCCGAGAAAUUUUCGAACUCGCUUUCAAGUUUUGUUUCCUCCGUAGAGUAUAAAACUUGUCCCAACUUGUUUCGGAUAAGCGAUAACUUCGAAGUUUCUCUUUUCUUUUUCUACUCGCAUAACUUGUAGAUAAUCAGUUAAAGAUUACGCUGUGUUAGUUUACAACUUGUAUCAGAAAAAAUUAUAAUUUCUAAAAUUAUUGUAUAUCAAACUCUACAAAGGCAAAUUGACAAACUAUCGAAUUACAUAUUUCAUAUUUGAGAAUAUGUUUUCUAGACUUUUGAAAAAUCUGCAUUUUAAUCAUUAUAACGUCGAAAAUAUCGUUUAAAUUAAUAUUCCUUCCGAUGACGAAUUUCGGCAAAUAUUAGCCGUAAUUUUGGUCCCACGCCUCAUUGUGAAGCACCUUGGCGAUUCUCGCAGAAAAUGACCAUCCAAAGGGGAGAUGUUUUCCGAUCGGUUAGUAGGUGGUGGAUGUUGGUAGGUGAACAGGGCUCGGCGGGGGCGCGAGCAUCCCUUUCUCGCCAGGUCGAGGUAGUGGUGGCAAUCGUUACUCCCGUCUGCUGAUCCGUCUACCAACCCCGCGAACAGCGGGGGCAAAUACUACCCCUACACCCGGACGGUAUCCGCCUCCAUCGCGGCCGAGCAUUCACCGACCUCGGCGGCGACGGCGACAAUCUCUAGAGUUGCGGAAGACACUACCUCGGCUGUCCGGCAGAACCGACGACAUCCUCGCAUUUCCCGUGAAUUCUGAAUUUUACAAAACCCAGCACGGAUCAGUGUGAACAGUUAGAUAGCUGAAGGAAUAAAAUGAUUGUGUGGCUAUCAAGCCAGAUUUUUUUAAUUGUGGAAGAACAUAUAAAUUAUUCAGUAAUACAAACGUUCACAUUAUUGUUCGUAACUUUAAUAUUUUGGUGAUUUUUAAAAUUAAUUUUUUUAAUUCGAUAUUUUUACAACUGUAAAGAAUAAUUUUUAAAAACGAUUUUUUUAAAGAGAGCAUAGCUUUAUCGGUCGUCUGCUUAAGCCGGAAUUUAUUCAAUUGAAUAUUCUCAAUCAUUCUGUCAUUGUCCUCUUUCUUGUCUUUAAUAUCUAUCUCUAAUAUCUUGUCUUUAAUAUCUUGUCUUUAAUAUCUCUACUUCAUUGUGCUCGUAUUUUAUUUUAUCGAUCCAGACAACUUCUCGAUGCACGAUAUUACUCGUGUUUUUCCCCAUUGUCUCUUUCGUCUUAUCUUUGCGUUUUUUUUUAAACUUUUUCACAGCGAAAAAUUAUUGAGCAGUCGGUUAUUGUUUAUAAUAAGCAAUGCACAAUCAUACCACGUCUUGAAAAGUUUAGGGAUACUUUUUAUUCAUUUUUUCCAUUUCUAUUCGACUGUGUAAUUAUCGUGUGAGAAACAAGAUGUUUACCUGAACGCAACGGUCUUACCGCGAUCAUUCGUAAGGCAAUUUCGCCGAUAACAUUUCGAUACGCGAUAAACCGCACGUAUUGGGCCGUUAAUCUGCUCAAUUUACUAAAACAAUGUGCCUCGAUACCGGUUUUAUCGUCGAGUUUACAAAUUAAAGCGUCGUCAUCGUCAUCCGACCGAUACGAGAAUAUAUCGCGGUGAAUACGUUCAGCGAGCGAAUCUAAGUAAUGUGGUUGCUUCGAGAGAUUCGUCAUAUUGAAUAAAAAUGCAGCAGAAUAUUAUAGAAGAAUAAAUCAAAAUUAUAAUAAUUGCAAGAGAAUUUUCUUAAUUUGUUAAUUUUUUUUCUUUACCCUUAGUAGAAGACAAAACAGCUCAAUAUACACGGCUCAAUAUAUUUAAUUCAGUUUUUCUCGUUUACAUCUGAAAAUUUUACAUCUAAAAAAAUGCUUCUUUUACCUGAAAA